CACAUUUGUAUGAACCCUUUAAUCCACUUCUAUUGGGUUUUAGGCUUUUGGGUUAUAUGUACAAAAGAAUACAUCUUCUGUAACUGAUCGUUUGUCCCUUUUUUACAGAUUCGUGCUACCACUCCAAUGGCGUUGACAAUGACAAAAUAUGAUAUUACUCAUUAUUUCUAGAUGAAUAUGUAGAGUGGGUGGGUAGGUAUGACCGUCCGAGAUGAAUAACACGGAAUGUAGACAGGAUAUAGUUAUGAUUGACUUUAAUUCUUCGAGUCCUUGGGUCUAUAAGAAUGAGUCAGAUUUUCAAAACGGAUCAUUCCCCCUUACUGGAACAGCAUCCUCUCUCUCUAUCGCAUCUCAAUCCGCCCUUAUCAUUUUCUACGGAGCCGCCACGUUUCUGUCACUAGUAGGAAACUCUAUGGUAGUACUAGUGCUUACCAGAGAUGCCCUGAAACGGACAGACCUAAACGUGUAUCUCAUAAACUUGGCGUUCGCGGAUAUCACCAUGGCAGUGUUUUGCAUGCCGUUUAGUUUUACCGAAGUUAUGCUGCAGGGGUGGAUAUGGGGAGAAGUAAUGUGUCCUCUGGUAAGAUUCUCACAGCAAACAAGCGUGCUAGUGAGCAUCUUUACCCUCGUGACGAUCGGAGUUGAUCGUUACUACGGCGUGGUGCACCCCCUGAUGAUUCGGGUGACGAAGACCAGGGCCAGGCUGAUCGUGGUAUUGAUCUGGGUGCUGUCGUCCGGCCUGGCCAUCCCCCAGUUGGUCGUCUCCCGACAGGUGGUCUACAGUAACGGCGACGUGAACAUGUGCGAGGAGAUCUGGGCCAACAAUUACGAGUUCGGCUACACCAUCGCCUUCAUGAUCGUGUCCUACGCCCUGCCCGUGGUGGUCCUGUGCGGCACGUACCUCCGGAUCGGUACCGAGCUGUGGGGCAAGGCACCGGCAGAUGUCGGCCGGAUCGACGACAACAACCAAGCACGCCAACGGAAGAAGAUCAUCAAGAUGCUGUGCACAGUGGUCAUCAUGUUCGUGGUGUCAUGGCUGCCUCUCCACGUGUUCCGCUUCAUCCUGGACCUGCAUCCCGAGUUCGUGUACGGCAACCCGGACCGAUCCUACAUCUUCUUCUUCUGCGCCCACUGGCUGGCAAUGUCCCAUAGCUUCAUGAACCCGAUUGUGUACAGCUUCAUGAACGAUCGAUUCCGGGUUGAGCUGUGCCACCUGCUCCGGCAAAUGGUGGCCUGCCGUGCGGCUCGUCGGCGCCCCGCUAUCCAACAGCGCCGCAAGAAGAUGGGAAACAUAGAGAUGGUGGAGCUCAAGAAUCAACCAGGCAACACCGACGGCAGCAUGUCCCAAUCCCCGGAUCCGCAGGCUUGUAGUCCCCAGUCUCCACUGACGUUCUUCAAUGAAAUAGAAGGGAGAGGCCGAAGAUACACAAGUCCAGUUUUGGAAACAAUUCUCGACAUUGUUGACGACAGGAAGCCGCCCCGGUUUGAAACAGCCUAAGCCAGAAGGAAACACCUUACAGCACGUGAUCAUCAACCGGGAGAGCGGCAUGAGAGGAAUAAUGGAGUAAGAGGUAUACAGCGUCAGAGUACCUGAAAGAUUUGCCCUUUGCUCAUUUUAAUGAGUUAAAAAUGAAUGUUAAAUUGUUAAUAGAUAAAGAUGGUAUAUUUUUCCUCCGGUCAUCUGGUUUGGUAAUUAAUUGGAGGGAAUGAGGGAAUGUGACCAUGAAAGAAUACACAAGUUGAUCAUGAGAGAACACAAAGUUUAACAAACCCUCGGAAAAGUUCAAAGUACAAAGUUGUAAAUACGAAAAUAAUAUCAAUGUUAUUAUCGAUUAAAGAAGAUACCGCACAGUUGUAGGUAGGAAGCCAACAUUGAAGCAAACGUGUAUCUAUCAGACAUGUACUGUGCUAAAGUUCACAAAUGUGCCAAUUUGCAGCUUAUAUGGUUCCAGUGGAUUUCACAACUAAAGGGCCGUACACAUGCAAUCUGAAGAAUUUUUUUUCUUUUUUUUUUCUACCCGAAAGAUAAUGGUAGAAACCAUAGAAAACACUUUGUGAACCCACCUAAGCAAAAUAAAACUGAACAAUGGUCAUUGAAACUUACAUGACGAUAUUGAUUUUUUUUUAAAUCACUCUUAAUACUUUGGAACAGAAAUAAAGCGAUAAGAUUGUUUGUGGAAAUAGGCCAAAAGACUCAUAUGCAAUGCUUAUAUCGAUACUAAACACUGUUAACCUCCCUCAUUAUGAAUUCCGUCUCGUUUGGUCUUAAAGUAUGACACUUUAUGAAAAUAAGUUAGUUUAAACCACCAAAAUGACAUAUUAAAUGAGAAUAAAAGAAUUACUUAAUAAACAGUUGAUAUUAAGAUUUUCGAUUUGUAAAUAGUUGGUAAUAAUAAUUUGUAAAUAAAUCACUUGUGAAACAGGAGAAUCCAUCAACAUAGUUAUCUAUAGUUGUAACAAUAACUAGUCAGGAUUUACCACAUGUUAGAUAUAGCGUUGAGUGUAAAAACAAUUAGAUGCAGUUCUAGAAAACAGGUGUGGGAGUGGAGUUUGGAAUACACCACCCACUACCCUAGCUGUUAAGAGGGCAAAACGAUAAAUCUGAAUAAUAGAACAUUCUUUUAUCAAGAUGUUGAUGCAUUAUUGUUUGAAAACAAAUAACAGAUGUGAGGAGAGUGAGUGAACUCUGUGAGUUAAUAGUUAGAAUCCGUCAACUGAUUCGAGGAAAUAUUUUAGGAAAGAUGAAGGAUCUAUUACAUUGGCGUUUCCUGCAGUUGCUCUUGUCAGAAAUUCCUGCCGAAGGUAUGAGAUUUUCUUAUUUGAUUGACAGGUAGCUAACCCAAGAACCUAAUAGAAGCAGGCUAUGUAAACGUUCGGCAGGUUUGUUUUAAAAACUUGGAAAUGAGACUUCGUAAGGCCUGUGUAUAUUUAGCACUUAAAGAUAAUCAUUUUAUAUAUCUGAAGGUACAUUAUUCGUUGAAAGAUUUCUUCAGUAAUUAAAAUCUUUUGUUCUUUAAACGGAACAAAAUAGCAUUUGAAGUUCGGGCUAUCGUGGGGUAAUGACAGUAAUGGCUUGAGUGAUAUUUCAUGUUUUUGUAAAAGUAUUGAAUACGUGUUGAAUGAAAAUUAUUCUAACAUGUUAUAAAUUGGUUUGGCAUAGCCCUCGAUAAGAAAGGUACUAACUGACUUUAACUCAUUGACGCAUACAAAUGUAGGAAUUCAAUCAAAACUGAUAGCGUACCUUUUGUGAAGAUUAUUCAGAAUUUCGUCUUUUCUUCUUAGGUUAUGGACAGAAAAUAUAUUUCAAAACUUUGUCAUCUUAAUCAUUGUGCUCAAUAUUUGAAAAUACGUCUUUGAAUUUAACAUCAUACCCACGCAAAUUGCAUGUUCAAAGCAAUCUGCCUAUUGGAAAAUGUCCAAAGAUAUAUACGCAUCGUCUCCCCUUUCUACAAUACUCACAUGUCACGUGACCUGUGUGAUGGUGACUCCCGGGUCACGUGACCACUCUUCAAAGCUGAAGAAAAAUGGUGGAUGUUUUCUUAAAGCUUUUUAAAACAGCCUCUAUUCGUCAUGCGCAACAGUUUCAUUCGGUUCAUUUAGUAGAUACGUGCUACGUAUCUUACAAUAAUCGUUAUGUCAUAAAAACUCCGUGUUUGACUUAAAUUACACGGUGUUGGAGACUGUGAUUGACAAAGUAUUGAUUCGUGGCUAUACGAUAUGAUAACCGGUUGUUAUAUGGAGAGAAAGAUAUGAGCCGUGCUGUUUAAGAAAUACAAGUCGAUGUGGCGCCAAACGACACUUCUUUUAAAAAGUAUUCUCUACAUUGGGAAUGUGACACAAAAGAAAAGGUAAAUUUUUUGUUGUGCAUUGCAUUCCUAGGGGCUAAUAAAAAUUACACAGAGCAUAUUGGAAGCUGCAAAUGCAUAGGGUGCACAGAAAUUUGGUCUGUCAGAAACAUAAUUACCAAAAUGAAGAACAUUGUUCACCUUCAGUCAAAGAAGCUGUAAACUUGAUAGUGUGCGGCUCCUUACUAUUCCUGGGUAAAAUGAAUGACAAGCUAGGUGGUCAAAAAUUCAAAAUAAAACGAUUGGCUUGGUGAUAGCUGUCUUCUGUACAAAUGCUCAUGUCGGCAAAAGAGUCAUUCAGC